AUGCUCAAUGGGGCUCGCAAUGUGAUCAUCCAGAAUGUCCACAUUACUGAGCUCAACCCUCAGUACAUCUGGGGUGGAUGCAAUUCCCUAGAUGGAACCAACAAUGUCUGGAUUGACCAUGUCAAGCUACUGGCACGUGUAACAUCUACUGGUCCAACAACACCGGCCACGCAUUUGACGUGGGAAAAGGCACAAACGCUCUCAUCGAGGGCAAGCAACGUCUGCGACGGCGUUGACAUUCCAUUGCAGGACGGCAGCGCCGGCGCCGCAUUCGCCAUUGACUCCAGCGACCAGUCCGGCUGCAACACUGUCAUGGGUCGGGUCUGUGUGGCCAAAACCCUCGUCAACUCGGGCGAGUUGGCUGCGGCUGACGAAAGGUUCUCUCCAGCUGGCUAG